AUGGCGGGGCCCCCCUUGGGGGCCCCCGCGGGCGAAGGCUGUUCAGCUGCGGAAGCAGCAGCAACCGCACCAGCUGCAGGAUUUAAUUCAGAAGCUGCCGCAGAUGCAGAUGCACCGUCAAGCGUUUACUUCUGCAAGUCAGCGCCUCCGAUGCCAGAUCCUUGGCGGCCUCCUAAUGCGUACGACGACCUUAUUGGGUUGUACCCUGACAGGGUAGCGUUUGUGUCGCAGCAGGAGCAGCACUUUGCUUCUCGUGUGCGCCUGGCUGCGCUUCGUCCUCGAGGUGUAUACGGACCUGGGUUGCUGUCUAAUACUCUGCCUCACCAGACGAAAUUCUUCUGUCUUCAUCAGCCGCUGCCACCUCUUCCAAUCCCAGAGGCACAUCGCUACCACAACUUCACGUUGGUUGAUUUGCUUGAACACGAUGCUCCAGAAACCAAACCAGAAACUCCACCCCAUGAGGAGCCGUCUUUCUUCUCUUCAUUAGCAGCAGCAAAUGCUUCAGCACACUCAACAACCGGCAGCAGCAGCAGCAGCACCAGUGCAGAUAAGAGCGCCAAGGCUGCAGCAGCCACAGUCGCCGCUUUUCUACUUUCUGCUGCUCCUGCUGCAGCCUUGGGAGAACAUGCAUUUAGGAAGGUGCCCAUGCAGCAUCAGCAGCAACCGCGACCAGAACAACAGGCUUCAACGACGAGCAGCAGCUUGCUGCGCUCUUUCUCUGCUCAAAGCAUCCGGCAGCAGCAGUUGCAGCAGCAGCACAGCAGCAGCAGCAGCGCCAUCGGCGCAGCGUCGUCAGUCUCCAGCAGAAAGGGCAGAGCUGACAGUUACGUGAGCAGCGCCUCGCAGCGGAUACAGCAGCAGAAGCACUACCUACAGCAUCAACAGCAGACUCUCUACAUGCAGCAGCAGCCGCAGCAACAGCAGCAGUACAUGCAGCCACAGCAGCAGUACAUGCAACCACAGCAGCAGUACCUUCACCCGCAGCAGCAGUACAUGCAGCACCAGCAACAGUACAUGCAGCAGCAACCGCAGCAGCAGCAGCAGCAAUGGAGUACAGUGUCUGAGACGAGGCAAGAGAAGAAGCGGAAACCCAAGCGAAGGAAACUGGAGGAUUGGUAG